AUGUGGAGCCUCAGUUGGCCGUUUCCCCAGGGCGUCAGCAGCUACUCAAAUUCCCCCUUAAGCGGUGCCUGGGAGGAGCGACCUCUGCUCCCCCACACACACCCGCCUCCCAGGAGCGGCUUCCCCCGCACCAAUAGCUCCCUUCCCUCGGGCCUCACCCCUUCCCGUCCCCUCCCACCUCCACCUCCGCCCCUCUUUCCAGGCCUGGCCAUUCCAGGUGCACCUUCCCGGGGGAACCCGGAGGAAAGGAAGGAGAAAGGGAGGCGACGAGGGAGCCGGCUCUCGGGCAUCCUCCCAGACGCGUCUGAGCCGCCUGAAAGUGCGAAGCAGAGGCUGCCCCUGCCCGCCCCUCCCGCACAACGCUGCAGCCGCGGGAGAGCCCGUCCCUUCCACGUGCCAGCAGACCCGCCCCCGCCCGGCCCCCGCACCCUCUCGGGGCUGGGUCAAUCCCCGGCCUCCGCGGCGAAGGGGUGCGAGAUCGUGUUGCAGGCGCCCCCUACCGCCUCGCAGGACACCAGGAGGCGGCCCCAAUGCAGACCCCGGCCGGGCUGGGACGCCCCUGCAGAUGGGCCGGGGCGGAGCAGCAAAGCAGGGCACCGCCCUCGGCCCGCCCGCCGAGGUGGGAACGCUAGCGGGAGGCUGAGCCAGCGGCGCGCGCCCGGGGACCCGUCGCACUCUGCACUCGGCCGCCUGGGCUGA